AAACCAGCAGACGACAGGCUCAGUGGGAAAUUCAACCGUGUUACAGUGCUUGACUUUCGAGGUCGAGAUAUAAAAUGUGUGGAAUUCUGGUGUGUGUUACAAAUGAAGUUGUGGACGAUAAGAAUAUUAAGCAACAGAAGGUAAACAACGGUGAUAGAGAUGUUCUUAAACGCCGAGGUCCAGAUGCCAAUAGUGAAAUUGAGACAUACUUCCCAACGUCUUGGAAAGCAAUAUUUUCAGGACAUACCUUAUGGUUACAAGGCAGUGCACCUGAUGUACAACCUUUAAUUGAUUCAAGCGGAAAUAUCCUUCUGUGGAAUGGUGAUAUAUUCUAUAACCAAAUUGGAGGUGAAUGUAUUCCAAAAGGACUUUCAGAUAGUGCAUUUCUGCUUCAAAAACUAGAAAAUGUUGAAACAGUGGAAGAAAUUUGCAAUGUUUUGGAGAUGAUAAAUGGCCCUUGGUCUCUGGUUUAUUACAAAAAGAAUCUUAAUAAAAUACUUACAGGAAGAGACAGAUUUGGACGUCAUAGUUUACUUUGGAACUGCACUGCUGGAGAUGGGGAAAUCUUGAAUUCCCUGUUGAUCACAUCAUCAUCUUCACUUGAAUCUGCACAGAACUCAACAUUGUGUGAAAUACCAGCAUCUCAUUUGUUCCAAAUUAGCUUUGGAAAUACUACUCAAGUUAAAAAAAUCUAUUCAAGGAAGCCAUAUGCGGUAAACAACAAACCCAUAUCUGAGCACACAUUUUUUGAUUGGGUUCCCCAUUCCUUGGAAAACAAAUCAUCUGACCACAUAAUAAGUGAAUACUUGAACAUUUGUCAAAAGGAGGUUGAAGGAUUGGAAGCCAUUCUUCUAGCUUCUAUAAAAUCACGAAUCGAAUGCCAGCCUAUGCUUUGUAAAACGUGCGUGCCUCUGCAUCUAAAUGGAGCAAACGUUCAAUGCACUCAUUCCAAAGUAGCCAUUCUAUUCUCCGGUGGCUUAGACUCUAGUGUUCUUGCUGCACUCACCGAUCGUGUUUGGUCAAAAAAUGAAUCUAUUGAUUUGUUAAAUGUGGCCUUUCCAUUACGCAACAAACAAAAUCCUUCAGCAAACGAAUUCAAUGUGCCCGACCGCUUAACCGGCCUGCAAGCACUAGAAGAGCUACGGACGCUGAACCCGUCACGGAAAUGGAAUUUUUGCGAAAUAAAUGUGGAACUAGAUGAAUUAUUGGAUAUGCGAAAAUCCAAAAUCGCGGCUCUCAUCCAUCCAGCGUCCACUGUUCUCGAUGACAGUAUUGGUUGUGCCCAAUGGUUUGCUGCUCGUGGAGAGGGUUUUUUGACCGGUAGCUUAAAUCGCGAAAAAUAUGUUUCUCCAGCAAGGGUUGUUUUAAUGGGUGCCGGAGCUGAUGAACAAAUGGCUGGCUAUGCCCGACAUCGCCAAAGAUUCGCGAAUGGAGGCUGGACAUCACUCAUUACCGAGGUAGAAAUGGAAAUGAACCGGAUAUCAGAGAGAAAUCUGGGACGCGAUAACCGCAUAUUAGCCGAUCACGGUAGAGCUCCAAGAUUGCCGUAUCUAGAUGAAAUGGUUGUUGAAUACCUAGCCCAAUUGCCAAUCUGGACGAAAGUCGAUCUGAGAUUGCCGAUUGGAUUAGGUGAUAAAAUAAUCCUUCGAGCCCUUGCCUAUCAGUUGGGAUUGCCAAAAACUGCCAUUGAACCCAAGAGAGCCAUUCAGUUUGGAUCAAGGAUUGCAAAAACUGAAGCUCGAAAAGAAAAAGGCUCCCACAAAUGUGAUAGGUUAACAAAAUCUCUUGAAUUGGGCCAGUAAAAAAAAUACCCUUACUUCCUCAACAAUACAGCCAUAUUAUAAAUGUUGUAUUUUUUUCCAAAUGUUUACAAAUUAACCUUUAAAAGAAAAAGAAAAAUAUGAAGUGACUAAAAUGUCUUGAAAAACAUUUCGCGGGUUAAGUUUCCUUUUGUCAAUGAAACUAGAUCCUGAUUGGGUAGUUUACUAACCCUGCAGCACGGCUCGCGUAAACAUGGGAGGGGAAGGACAUAUGAGAAAGAAAGAAAUAAAAAUCUGUUUCGGCAAGGUCGAAUCAGGUGUUUUAGCAAUCCCGACGUCAAAAGAGAGAGGGAGCGAACGUCAGUUGUGUGUAUGGGUUCAUUACUGAUGGUCGCCAUUGUUCAACGUGCCUCUCUGGCUGAGAAUAAAUAACGUUAUCCCGGAUCCCUUCAUUUGAUACCGCCAGAUCGGUUUGUUUCAAAUUUACUGCUGAUUGAGAAUGUCGAAUUCCUCUCCGAGAGCUUUGGCUACGGCCACAGUGGAACUAGUGCGUGAUACGUCACGUCGUUUAAGUGCUGAUUUGCGGGACAUGAGUCGUGAUUUUGGUAACGAGUUUCGUAACAUGGGCCGAGAGAUACGUGACAUCCAUCGAGAGAUUGGCCAGCGUUUCCGUAGCUCGUCGUUACAAAGUGUUCCACGCAUUGAGAUACCACGCAUAGGUUUGUCUACGUUCGCUGACGGCCCACGCUAUAGUACCAUAGACGACGUGAUGAUUCCACAAGGUCAAGAAUUAGAUCGACUUUUAGAUGACGACGAGGAGAGUAUGUGGUCCAGUAACCCACAACUGUGCUACGAGGACGAGGGUGAUUUCCAGUCGUCUAACUCUAAUAAUCGCCUUUCCAUUAUUCGUUCGCCACGUACCGAAGAGAUUCUCAAAAAUGUUGAACAGGCUUUACGUAAAACCGAUCAAGCAUUACGUGAUAUGCUGGGAAUUGAAGCAAAGAAAAGCACAUCGGGUAUGGUUACACCGAAAAACUGUACUAGAGAAUUGCAAAAACGUAUUUCUGCCCCACCGCCAUCGCCGUCCAAUUUCGGAUUAUCUGCUCCAACAAAAUAACAAAGUGAACAAAAAUUCGUGCAUUUUAUCGUCGUGUAUUCCCAAUUGAUGAAUCUAAUUUAUUUCGAUUUCUAUCUCGUUUUUUGUAAACUAUAUAAAAUGUGCAUUACAUUUAGAUUAUA